ACUUGGUCUGCGGCUAAGUUGCAUCUAAGCUCUCAUUGUCAUGUGUCGAGUGAAGCGCGCCGGCCGAUCGGACGAUUUCAAAACGAAUCGCUUCCACGGACCAGCGACAGGUUUCAAACGAAGGGAAUAUUUAUUUUAAAGUAGUAAUUAACGAGUUUCGUGUUAAUGAAUGAUAGCUGUGAGAUGAUUUCUUGAGACGAUUUCGAGCGAAAUCGUAUCGAAGAUUGAUGAACAGUCGCGAGACAGCGGAGAAAAUGACUGCCACGGAGGAGACGGAGCCGCUGCUUUCCACGAAGGUAUUGACCACUUGUGGGAACAAACCGCGGACAGCCUCGUACGAUGCGAUUUCAUUGGACGGGGACAACAGGCGUGGGACGAGCAGCAAAACAUUUCUGAAAUUGAAACCGAUCCCACCAUCCUCGACCGCUAUCGGAGACGCGGCAACGGAAGCGUCGCGUUCGUUUGCAAACGAGUCGAUUACGUAUACGUGGAGCGACUUGAACGUGUACGUCUCCAGAAGGAACGAAUCGCUGUUCGAUCGGUUUCUCAUGCGCAAGAAGAGAGCAAUAGAGAGAAGACACUUGUUGAAAGAUGUAUGCGGAGUCGCCUACCCAGGCGAACUGCUCGUAAUCAUGGGAUCAUCGGGAGCUGGGAAGACAACGUUAUUGAACGCGUUAACGUUCCGUUCGGCCCGCGGCACGAUCGUGACCGGCGUAAUGGCGGCCAACGGCCGAAGGGUCUCGCCUACGAUACUAACGUCUAGAACAGCUUACGUGCAACAGAACGACUUGUUCGUUGGCACUUUAACCGUCGCCGAACACCUUCAUUUCCAAGCGAUGGUGCGCAUGGAUCGGCGGAUACCCAUCCAACAUCGAAUCAGUCGUGUAAACGAAGUGAUCAGCGAGCUUGCCUUGACGAAAUGUCGAAACACAGUGAUCGGCCAGCCAGGAAGAAUCAAAGGUCUCUCGGGCGGAGAGAUGAAGAGACUGUCGUUCGCGUCCGAGGUUCUCACCGAUCCGCCAAUAAUGUUCUGCGACGAACCGACGUCUGGCCUGGACUCUUUCAUGGCUCACCAAGUGGUUUCUGUUUUGAAAACUUUGGCCGCACGGGGUAAAACGAUCAUUGCCACGUUACACCAACCCUCGUCGGAAUUAUUCGCCCUGUUCGACAGAACAUUGCUGAUGGCUGAAGGAAGAGUAGCUUUCAUGGGCACAGCCUCGCAAGCUUGCGCUUUUUUCGAGACAUUAGGCGCGGCUUGCCCCAGCAACUACAACCCCGCCGACUACUUCGUUCAGGUACUGGCCGUGGUACCUGGUCGCGAAAUGUCCUGUCGGCACGCCAUAAACACCGUGUGCGACGCGUUCCAAAAGAGCGAGCACGGAAUCAAGAUCGCGCUGGAGGCGGAGGCGGUGAACGGCGAGUUCGAGGACUCCCUUCGGGACUCGAGCUACGCCGACAGCCGAUCGCCGUACAAAGCGACCUGGUGCGAACAGUUCCGCGCCGUUUUCUGGCGGUCCUGGCUGUCCGUCAUCAAGGAGCCCAUCCUCAUUAAGAUCCGUAUGCUGCAGACUAUCAUGGUGUCGCUCCUGAUUGGAAUCGUUUAUUUCGAUCAACGGCUCGAUCAGGACGGAGUGAUGAACGUGAACGGUGCUUUAUUUAUUUUCCUUACGAACAUGACUUUCCAGAAUGUGUUCGCCGUUAUAAACGUGUUUUGCGCAGAGUUGCCGAUAUUUUUGCGGGAACAUCGGAACGGCAUGUAUCGUACCGACGUGUACUUUCUGUGCAAGACGUUAGCGGAAGCGCCGAUCUUUAUAGCUGUGCCGCUGCUAUUCACCAUCGUCGCGUAUCCGAUGAUUGGUCUGUACCCUGGGAUCGACCAUUUUUUCGUUACUGCUGGUAUCGUUGCACUGGUUGCAAAUGUCUCUACAUCCUUUGGUUAUUUAAUAUCCUGCAUCAGCGACAACCUAUCCAUGGCACUGUCGAUCGGACCUCCAGUGAUAAUACCGUUCCUGUUAUUCGGUGGAUUCUUCCUGAACACAGCAUCCAUCCCGUUCUACUUCAAAUGGGUUUCAUACUUGUCCUGGUUCCGAUACGGCAACGAAGCUCUACUGAUCAACCAGUGGUCGCAAGUGGAAUCCAUAGCAUGUACAAGAAGCAACGCAACGUGCCCUAAAACCGGACGAAUGGUGUUGCAAACAUUCAACUUUAAACAGGAGCAUUUCUGGCCGGACAUCGCGUGUCUCUUCUCUUUAAUCGUCGCCUUUCGUUUCCUGGCGUUCCUAGCGCUGCUGUCGAAAACUCGUCGCGCCAGAUAACAAUAAAAGCGACACGAAUCAAAGAAGAAGAAGAAGAAGAAGAAGAAUUUGCUACUCUAUUAACCGUUUUCCAUGUAGGUACAAUGUACCAUCUCCAGUCGUCGCGCGUAUUUUACUCGACAAACUUGCAGGAUCGGUA